AUGUCCAUCGCUUCGUUCCAUGAGUUAAACCACAAAUUAAAGGACGUUUUACAACGCCAGGAUACAGUUAUGAGGGAUUGCAUUGAACCUAUGCAGAUGUUAGCAGUAGCAAUAAGAUAUCUGGCGAGUGGCUGUACCUUCACUGACCUACAUUAUACCUAUAGACUAGGCCUAACAACAAUAAGUAAUAUUGUCAGAGAUGUGUGUUUAGCUAUAUGGAAUGUGCUAAGAUUAGAAUGUCUACCUGAACCGACAAAGCAAAAGUGGGAAGGUAUCGCUUCCACUUUUGAAAAAAGAGCAAAUUUUCCUAAUUGCUUAGGCGCAGUUGAUGGAAAACAUGUUAGGAUAGUAAACCCAGUUGGAUCUAUGUAUUAUAAUUACAAAGGGUAUUCAUCUGUGGUGUUAAUGGCUGUUGCGGAUUCCGAUUACCGAUUUAUUUAUGUCAACGUAGGAAGUUACGGAAAAGAUUGCGACUCCUCAAUAUUCAAGAACUGCUCACUAUGGAAAUCAAUUUUAAAUGGCGAACAAGAAGUGCCCGAAGCAAAAUUCCUUCCAGGUAUGACGAAUAAAGAAGUCCCAUAUUGUUUUGUCGGUGACGAAGCAUUUGCCCUACACCAGCACUUUCUUCGACCCUUCGGUGGACAUAAUCUUACCAUAACCAAAAGGAUUUUUAAUUACCGCUUAAGCCGAGCCAGACGGUAUGUAGAAUGCACAUUUGGUAUUUUGUCCAACAAGUGGAGAAUAUUUCAUCGAGCAAUAAAUUUAAAACCAGAUUUUGCAGUGAAUAUAGUGAAAGCCUGCGUUGUUCUACACAAUUUUGUUCGGGAAAGAGAUGGUUACAAAAUUGAAGAUACGUUUACUGUGACUGGACUGGCAGAAUUACCUGGAGCAACUGUAGUACGUGGAAGAACCAAAGCUAAUGAUAUUAGAAACAUAUAUGCAGAUUAUUUUAUGUCAGAAGUCGGAUCAGUCAGUUGGCAAAUGUCAAAAAUUUAA